UUCAGGGGGCGGCGAGGGCGGGUGCCUCCGUUGGAACUACCCCUUGGCGACAGCCCGCAACCAUUCUAAACCACGGCUGAUCUCGUGCCGCGCGUUAAUUCUCGUUCCCUUCGACGAUUCGGCAGUCCGUUGAUCGUGACAACCGUUUCUCCACCGAUAUCUCCGAGUGAAGGAUCAAAGACAGCCGCUCGUUCAGUUUCAGCAUGGAGUGCCCCGAGGCGAUGGAUCGAGGCCGGAACUUUCGUCUGCUCGCCGAGGAGGAGUUGCCUCGACUCUUGGACUUCCUCGCCGACUACUUGCCUGAAUCCUUAAAGUUCCAUCAAACUUUGCUGACGUACACGCGGGACAAGGUAUGGGACUUCCACUUCUACGUGGCGCACGGCUGGCCCGAAGAUGCGAUCUGUCUGCAUUUCCCCGGCAUGACGUUGUCGCCCCACGGUUUGCUGUACGAGAGCGUGGGCGUCUUUUGUCCCAACGACCGGCUGGAGCUGCUCAAGCUGCUCAGGGACGAGGACGUUCUGAUCGACUGGUCGAAGCCGCUUUACAUCAAUUUCGUACACCACGACAUCGCCGAGGAGCUGGAACGCCUCUACGAGGACACCGGGACCAUCGAAAGGGUGGUGGGCGACGUGUUCGUAUGCCAGAACACCGAGGAGCUCGACGAGAAGCUGGACCCGGAAGAGGAAUCGGAUCCCGAUGUCCAGGUUCUUCCGUUGAAGGCCGAACACGCGGAGGCUAUCCACGAGUUGUAUCCAGCGAACGAUAUGGAAUGCCAUGAGAUCUUCCUGCGGCUGAUCGGCUCACUUCCGGCGGCCGGAGUGUUUGUCAAGGAUUGCUUGGCCGCCUGGAUGGUGCAGUCUUAUUACGGAGCUAUGUUCUCCAUGCAGACUAAGCCGCAAUACCGGAGGAAGGGAUAUGGAACGAAAUUAGCAAGGUACCUGACGAAACGAGUAGCCGAGAGGGGCUACCAGCCUUUCGUAGUGAUACGUCCGGAGAACGAAGCUAGCCAGAGCCUGUACAAGAAGCUGGGCUUCGUGAAGCUGUACCAAACGGUUCGGAUGACGUUCACGCCGUCUACGUGGCAGGACCCGGAGAACGAAUCGAGCGGCUACUUUAAGGACAACCUAGAGAACGCGGUUAGGCAGCUCACCAUUGAGCAGAAGGUGGUGAACGCUUUCCAGCACGACGAAGUCUCGAUCCACGAGGAAAUCGUGGAAGAAUGUGAUGAUGGCAAUCUGGCGGAAGAGGAGAACAUCGAGGGGAUCGUCGAAGAACCUGAAGAGGAUCGAAAUGAAAAGCCAGAGGAGGAAGAUAAAGGCGAAGAGGAGUCCGAGGGACGAAUAGAAGUGACCGAAGUGCUUGAUAAAGUAGUUGAAGAAACUGCUGAAGAAGCUGAAGAGGCGACAAAUGAGGUACAGUCAGAGGUCAACGUCGAUGGGACGGCGAACGACGGCGGCGGCGAUCAAGACGAUGGAGGAACGGACGAUGCAAACGCGGAAUAAUGAAAUAUACGUUCGAUUAAUCGAUAAAUGGUCCACGAUUUAAGUCGCGCAGCUUGCUCGGGGUUCGCUCUCCCUCACGGAGCUAACAGGACCUGCCUCGCGCGAAGUAUAGUAUAUAUAUUCAUCGAUCAAACCAUUUAGUAAUAUACGCGCAUCGUAUCGACGAACAAUCGGAACCAAACACUCGACGAGCAUCGUUUUUAGAUUCACAAGAGAGAGCGAGAGAGAGAGAGAGCGAGAGAGAGAGCGAGAGAGAGAGAAAGAGCGAGAGAGAGUAAAAAAAAUGAGAAUUGAUUCAGCGCCCUCGUUUUAGACGAUAACCGGUAGCUUUUGUAAGCGGCUCGACCCGAUGAGAACAAAUUGAAAGUAAAAUCAGUCGAGAUAGAUGUAAUUUUCCACGGUUGAUCGAUGAUGUGUCCUAAGGAGGCGUCUCUUUGGCACGUCGGGGAAGAGACCGCCCCGAGCGAUCGGUGCGACGGUAGACAGAGACAAAAAGAAAAAAAAAACAAAAGAAAUUAUUUUAAGAAACUUAAAACGACAUUAACGGCACCGCGUUCGUGCGAGGCUUCAAUUCGCGUACGAUUAACGCGUACGAUUCUGCGUACGGUUCCUCAUAUCAGACUGUUUCGGAGAAUGUCGUGAGGGUCUCAGGAAUCAGCUAUAUUGUAUCCUUUUUGGGUUGCCAAGGUUAGAUGAUUUCAAAGUCUAUCCAAACGUACCGGGUCCGGUAUCUUCCUGUUGCAUUUGGUGGGUUCGUUGUUUCAGAUGUUUAGCGUUGCAUUUAUCAUGAUCGUAUAUCUUCGUUGCAUGGUCGACGGGGUUAACUCGGGGCGUCGAUCGGUCGUCCGUAGGCGGGACAGCUCGUUUCGCUGUCGAGUUGAUCGUUGCAACUCGGUGGUCCGCGAACGGUACUGUGUUUUUAUCAAAUUUUAAACGUGAACACGCCAUUGUUCACGGGACCGAGUACAAGUUACCGUACGGAUAUUCGGUUAUCCCCCUCCCCCGUUGCACAAUGAAUGGGACGAAACGACGGACGUCACCCGUCGUCCGUGGCUCGUAACGUUAGUUUCUUAGCGACCAAAAUCCAACAGAUAGACUUUGAAUUACAAAGGCGUUCGUGUUCAAUCGAAUCCUAUCACGAGCUGAAAGAGAGAGAGAGAAAGGAAGGGAGAGAAAGAGAGAGAGCAAACGCGAGAGAGAAAGAGAGCGAGAGGCAGAGAGAAAGAGAGAGAAGGAGAGAGAGAGAGAGAGAGAGAGAGAGAGAGAGAGAGAG